ACCGCCGUUUUUGUUUAUCCCCUUCCUCGUCUCCGGCGCUCCGGACUCCAGAUUGUUGUGGCGGAGAGGCCAGCGAUGGGAACGAGGACGAAUUUCUACAAGACUCCUUCCAUCUCUUACAAAAAGGACUUGGGUCUCUCCUCCGUUCUUCAGAACCUCAGAGCGUACAAUAUCGCCAUUGGAAAUGCUCCUCCGGUCGAAGAACAGUCUCACCUGGACCAGAAAAGCGCGGGCAGGAAGCGACCGCGAGUGCAGAAGCCACCACCUGAUCGCAGCCAUGAAAUUAAAGAGAACGAUAGACCCAUGUCUCACCAGGAUUAUAUUCAGAAAAGAAGGGAAGAAGUCAGUUCGUCUCAGGGUUACGAGGAAUUGAGCGCUGAUGUCUUGGAUGGUUCUUGCUCGGGUAUAAAUUUGGUGGGAUAUGAAAGUGAUGAUGAAAGUGCUUCUUCAGAAUGUAGAGAACAUCCAGAGGUUCCAGAUUCUGGUCUCUCGAAUGAAGUAGAUCAAGUUAAAAGUAGAAUUGAGCAACGGUUUCCUCUUCCAGGAGAACCUGUUUGUGUAGUUUGUGGCAGAUAUGGAGAAUAUAUAUGCAAUGAAACUGAUGAUGAUGUCUGCAGCUCAGAGUGCAAAGCUGAUCUUUUGGACAGCCUGAAAAUCACUGAGAAGUCCUUGGGAAUCCAGAAUGACAAUGUCUCCUCUUCUGCACUUACUUCUGUCUUACCAAUGCCUGACCUUGCGGAGGACACUUGGGAUUAUAACCGCCAUCGCUGGUCCAAAAAGAGAUCUAGCCUUUGUACUUAUGAGUGUUGGAAAUGCCAGAGGCCUGGACACCUUGCUGAGGAUUGUGUGGCUACCACAAAGGAGCAGGUGGCAUUAGGGCAGAGCAAACCUACUUCCAUAUCCAGAGAUCUUCUUGGAUUAUAUAGAAGAUGCCAUCAGAUAGGCAAAAACUUAUCAAGUGCAAGUUGUAAUGCAUGCCAUAGCUCUAUAAGCUUGGCAUCAUGUCUUGAUUGUGGUAAAAUCUUCUGUGACAGUGCUGGUCAUUUGAAUGAGCAUAUCAAGACAAACCCAUCUCAUGAACAAUAUUACUCACAUAAACUCAAGCGACUGGUGAAAUGCUGUAAAUCAACAUGCAAGGUGACCAACAUCAAGGAUCUUUUGGUUUGCCAUUACUGCUUCGAUAAAGCCUUUGACAAGUUUUAUGAUAUGUACACUGCGACCUGGAAAGUUGCUGGACUCUCAAUAGUUUGCGGCUCCAUUUGCUGUGAAGAUCACUUUGCUUGGCACAGGAUGAAUUGCUUGAAUGCAGAUGUAGAAGACGCAGCAUUUAUCAUUAGUAGAAGAAACACCCAGAGAAACAACCGGAUUAAACUUAGUGACUUCAUUUUCUAACGGAGCAUUGGACACAAACUACUACUUUGUGAAUUUAUUGUACCUCUUCACAUCCCUGGCAAAACACAAGACAUUGAAGAUGAAGAUUGCCUCAAUGGAACAUCUAUAGCUGCAAAAUCCUUGAUAAACGAGGGCAAUGUUGCUGCCUAAGCAUGAAUUUAUGUACAUUAUCAGAUUGCACUGCAUGAUGUAGGUGUAGAAAGUAAACUUUGUGGUCAAUUGAUUGCAAAUGGUAAUUAUAAAGUGAAAAUUCAAAGGGAAAUGAAAAGCUUCCAUGAAAAAAAUAUGAAACCAUAC